AAUAUCUGGCAACAACCGCGUCAGGCAAAGCACAGGGUAGUCAGGGUUAAAACGGCUGUCACUACACGAACGCCCCUAACCAUCACAACUCGUAGGGAUCUCUGUCUUACUUGGAGCUUUUUCAUAAUGGCAGACAUCGACUUCAGUGAGCUCUCGGGCAACCUCUCCGAACAUGUGGUUGUCGACGUGAGGAACCGGAAUGAGGUCGAGGACAGCGGCCAGAUCCCCGGCUCCCACUGCAUCCCAUUGCCAGAGUUGGAAACCGCCAUGGAUCUGAGCGACGAGGAUUUCGAGAGCAAGUACGGGUUCAGCAAGCCCUCGACCUCCACGUCCAUCGUGACCCACUGCUUGAAGGGAGGGCGCGCCAGGAGGGCCGGGGAUAUCUUCAAGUCGAAAGGCUACCAGGCCAGGGUGUACGAAGGCUCAUUCACUGACUGGAAGGCCAAGGGAGGUGACGUUGUUCCCGGAAAGCCUUGAGAAAACCGGAGAAAAUGCCGUUCUCAUAACACGAAUUAAAGUAACUCAACAUUUUAGAAUAGCACGUUUGAUACAUUGGAAUUUUUAUUACACGGCAUUACUUUUGUAAUUUUAUUGAUUUUGUUUGUAAUAAAUUAAUAGGAAUGCAGGUUCUUUAAAAUUAUUAAGUCCUUUUGGAACUUGUUUCUAAAUAAAAGAUAAUGUGCAUUA